AUGGGCACUGGAGAAUAUGGUUUUGCGUCGCCUUCACAGACUCCGUUUUCUUUCGAAGUAUUAUCGGAAGCGACGAAUAAUUUCUCCGAGGAACGGUUGCUCCGUGAGGAAGGUCAGUUUAGUGCAUUCUACAAGGGGGACCUGACACAUUUAGGCAUCUCUGUAGCUGCUGCUGUGAAAUGGCUGAAAAUAAAGUCAGGACAGGCCUUUGCGGUGGAGAACUACGUGAAGGAGUUUGCAACCAUCAGCCUAGCGAUCAGACAUCGCAACAUUGUGCCGUUCCUAGGUUGGUCCAGCGAGCAAGAUAAUCUAUGCCUGGUAUAUAAAUAUGUAAAGAACUGGAGCCUCCACGAUCAUCUCUACAGUCCAGGAAGACUUCUUACAUGGCCUACGAGGUACAAGAUAGUAUUUGCCAUAGGCUCCGGCCUUAAGCACCUCCAUCAGGACGUCCGCCCCACAUUCCCGCACGGCAACAUCAAACCAAGCAAUGUGUUGCUGGACGAAGAGAUGAACGCAAAGCUCGGCGAUUUCGGGCUGCCUCGGCACUUCUUUCAGUACGAUGGUGAAACCGCCUCUAGCUCAUAUCGACAAAUGCCGGUCAGCUCUCGAGGAUACGUGGAACCUGGGUUACUCCACACGGAUCAGGCAACCACCUCGUCGGACGUCUACAGCUUCGGAGUUGUGCUGCUGGAGAUUGCGUGCGGUCAGCCGCCUAUUAUCCUCCAGCAAGACCAGGCUGAAGCAAAUAGCCUUGUUAAAUUCGUCUGGGAGUGCCACAAAAAGGGUUCGAUAAUUGAAGCAGCGGACAAGCGGCUGAAUGGCGAGUUCAACCGGGAGCAGAUGGAGCGCGUGUUGCGGGUUGGGCUCUUGUGUGCUCGCCGAGGCAGCAGCCAGCGCCUAUCCAUGGGCGACGCAAUGAUGUUGUUAGAGGGGGUUGGAUUUUGA